GAGCAGGCGCGCUCCUUUCAGUUUGGUCAUGCAGGGCGGCAGAUGCUCUCCCCAUGAAAACAAUGAUCAUACGGAUUCAGGAUUGUCGGCUAUUAUUGAAGCAGAGCGCGGGGCGGCCGCGAGACCCAUGUGGGUCAGCCACGGCCCUCGGCCACGUAUGCAUGCGGGUGUUACUACUGGGCGGCAAGCUGAUGUUCUCCCUGAGUUGGCUCCAGCUAGACGGGUUGCUACUUCUGAGGGACGACCCCUCGAUGUUCCAGACAGAGCGUGCAUCCAACCUGUGAACGUACCAGACUCUGACGAUGAUUCUGAUACUCGGGUGGACUUGGAUUCCUGGUGGGACCUUGAUAGCAACGGAAUACCGGAUCUCCCUUCUCGCGUCACAGAAGGGGACCUCGUCAUAGCAUAUAGUCUGAUUGGUGAUAAUUGUUUGUUGGAACCUCCGGUGGCCACUGACGUAUUGAGCGAUCCACCAGCUUCCUAUUUCGGGGUCCAUAUCCGCUCACUGGAGUUAGGGAUGGCCGUGCCACUGCACCCCUUCCUGGUUCGGUUCCUUCACUUUUUGGGUGUGGCCCCGGGUCAAUUGGCUCCGGCGGCUCACAUGUUCGUUGCUGCUUUUGUGGCGCGGUGUGAGGAUGUGGGCCUCAUACCCAUGAUUGAUCUAAUUUUCAGUUGCUUCCAUUGGCGUGCUUCUAGCUUUUUCGCCUUACUCUCCCAGAGGCCGGUGAGCAAACUGUUUCGGUCGGGUUACCCCCGUUCAGGGAAAGGGUGGAAGAAGAGAUGGAUAUGGGUAUCCGACCCUAACCUUCUGUCACCUCUGCCUCAGUGGGGUGAACGGGUUUGGAAGUGUGACCGGGUCGCUCUCUCCCCUGGUCUCAAGUCCUCCAUCGAGGUAUUGUCCGCAGGCGGUCCCCACUCCAUCAGCUCAUAUUUAGGUGAUUGUCAUCUUUCUGGUCUAUGUUUGCUACUUUGUAUUUUAUUCUGCUUAUCCUCACAUUUUUCUUCCGCAGCUGUGCCUGAGAAGCUCGUUGUUGAGGCGGAAUCCGAUGAAGAGGAGGAGCCUCAACAAGUCAUCGUUCAUGCGGCAGCAACGGCUGCAAAGGGGAAAGGGCACGGAGCCCCCCCUCCAAGAAGGGUGAGAGUUACCUUCGGGCCUCGGCCAACUACGCCAGUGCAGGAGAAGCACAAGGGCGGGCUCGUCGACCUGCUAGUCAAAUUGGAUGGGUCCGAUGAGGAGGAGGAGCCCUGCCCCGCCGUUGCUGAUGUGGCCCCCAAGACGGUUGCAGGGAAAGAGUGCGGAGCCUCCUCCCCGGGCCGAGGGGAACGAGUCUCGAAGAAGUCCAAGGUCACCCCCAAGUUUCAUUCCGCUGAGCAGGUACAUGAGGGUGCAGAUGAGAGGAUGGCCGAACGGAGCAGCCAUGACACCCAGCAUACAGUUACUUACGCCUUCCCAUCUUCGAGUGCCUCGAUUAUGCAUGAAGGAUUCCCAGUCGUGGAUUAUGCUUCAUCAAUCCUCCCACCAGGCGACCUCACCUGUACGACUUCCCAAGAGUUUCAUCCCCCCUUGGAAGGUUCUAUCCGGUCACAUAUCGAGGGGCUCGCCAAGACCAUCAGGUCACUCCACGCAGCCAAUCAUUCUCAGGCCAGACUUCAGCGUGAGGCUGACGAAGCUAGGGCUGUCCUGUGGGCUAGCCAGAAAGCCUUCUCCGAGCUACGGUCCUCGCAUGCACAAGAAUGUGAAGAAGCGGCCAAACAAGGAGCCAAGAAAGCGCUCUCCGAGUUCCAGGCCUCCGAGCAGUUCCAGAAGCUCAUCUCUGCGAGGGUGCAAGCAGAACAUUCUGAACUAGUGCAGAGGUGGCUGACGACCCCUGACGGAGAGUAUUGGCGCGCUCGCGAAGUCCUCUAUGCUUUUCAGAGUGGCAAGUAUUUGGUGCAGCAGAAGGUGUAUGGCCGGUUGAAGGAUCUCGACCCUGACUUUCAUCCAUCCACACUUGGCCUUUCUGGCCCAUGAAGAAACCCGUGGGGGCGAUAGCCCUUCUUCCCCCAGAGGCCGUCCGUCAGGAGGAGGAGCCUGGUAGUUCGAACGAAUGGGCCUAGUUCUUUCCGCCAGCUCCAGGGAACAUGACUCCUGUGGCCCCCGGCCAGGACUUGGUUGGUGUGUUAGAUGAUGUUCCCGAGGUUGAUGGCAACGGGUCUGUCCAGCCAUGACCUUGUAUUUUGUAUUUCUUUUGUUUCCCACUUGAAUACUUUGUGUUUCGAAUGGAUGUUUGAUUUUUAUUUCAUACGCCUCCUUUUCUAUACUUUGCAUUAUGAAUACUUAGCAA